AUGAGACGUAUCUACGCAGAUUGGGAUGAUGUGAAGAGUGAGGUGCGGUGCAACCCAGCAUCGAAGCUAUCUUUUGGAGUGCUUCUCGUUGGUAGCAAACAACUGGAAUCGCACUUGAAUGACACUCGUAUGAGUGAUAGUUAUCUCAUUGCUUUCUUGGAGGGGAUAGCAAGUCAGUAUCCAGACGCUAUUGAAGUUUUCCAGCUUCUGAGCGGCAGCGUACGCAGCAUCUUGGCCCAUGAAGGCCCAAUGCAAGGCACAGACAUGGACCAGGUGGUGGCUCGCAUCAAGGCGGUUUUGGGAGAGGAUGACGGACAGGAUGAGCUUCCCUCGUUGCACAAACCAUUGGAGAGAGCGUCAUGCGAGACGAAAGAGCUUUCCGGGGUCCACAAUGGGCAUUCAACUAUCCAGGUAUUGAAUGGCAACAGCCCAAUUCCCGCAGAUUUCCUGCUCGCCUACGAUUUCAGCUCGCCUUGA